GAGGAAUUUCAAGCAAGCGUAAUUGGGUUCACCAACUAUACCUUGAAACAUGACUAUCAAAUAAUCGAAUCCAGCAACUCGCAGUAGUUUAUAUCAAAGAGGAGAACCAUUGAGAUUCAGUACCAAAGCGGUAGUGAAGCGAACAAGAACAAUGGCGCUUAGUCUAGCCUAUGUAGUGAUCGGUGUGAUUUCUUUUAUUAUUUAUGUGAAAUGGCGUCAAUCAUAUUGGAAGAGGAAAGGAGUGCCCAGCUCAGACGCAGAUUUUCUAUUGGGAGAUAAUACGAAGAUUUUCACAAACAAAGAAUCUUUGGGGGAAAUCUCCGUCAAGAGGUACAAGAAGUUCAAGGCACAAGGCCAGAAGCAUGCAGGCUUUUACAACUUCCUCCAGCCCGUAUACUUCCCGAUCGAUACAGACAUUAUCAAACACAUCAUGCAACAGGAUGCGAAUUACUUUGCUUCCCAUGCAACUUAUAGCAAUCCAGACGACGUCUUAUCCAAGCAUCUGUUUGCCUUGGAGGGUGAACGUUGGAAGGACCUACGGGCGAAACUGACUCCUGCCUUUACAUCAGGAAAAUUGAAAAUGAUGUUUGAAACUCUAACAAAUAAAACCGUCGGUUUGGAAAACGCGGUUGCAAAAAUGGUGGACAAAAAAGAGGCAUUCGUCCUCAAAGAAUUUCUGUGCAACUUUACCACUGAUGUGAUUGCCAGCUGUGGCUUCGGAAUUGAAUCCGACUGUUUGGGCGAUCCAAAUGAUGCCUUCAGAAGAGCCGGAAAAAAAAUAUUCGAACCCAGACCAUUCAAACUCGCUUUACUCAGUCUUUUCAAUUGGGAUUUUUUGGCGAAACUUGGAUACAAACAUUUUCCAAACGAAUUGACAGUUUUCUUUACAAACGUGGUUACCAGUACUAUCAGGCACAGAGAAAAUAAUCAAAUAUUCAGAAAGGAUUUCAUGCAUUUGCUGCUUCAGUUGAAGAACCAAGGAGUGCUUUCUGAUGAUGAUAAAGUUACCGGCUCCGGUAACGGAAAAGGAAUUAUAUCGGAAAGCGACAUUAUUGCCCAGUGCUUCGUCUUCUUCAUUGCUGGCUUUGAAACUUCCUCUAGUACCAUGACUUUUACUAUGCUGGAACUCGCUCAACAUCAGGAUAUUCAAGACAAAUUGAGAAAGGAAAUUUUGGAGGUUUUGGCGAAACAUGAUGGAAAAAUCACUUAUGAAGCUGUAAUGGAAAUGCCCUAUUUGGACAAAGUCAUCUCUGAGGCCUUAAGAAAAUUCCCACCUCUACCCGUCAUUCCACGACGAUGCACUAAAACGUACAAAGUGCCCGGAACUGAUUUGGUAUUGGAGCGGGGCACAGAUGUGCAAAUUCCAGUUUGGGCCAUCCAGAACGAUCCUGAAUAUUACGAGAAUCCAGAGGUUUUCGAUCCAGAACGAUUCUCAGAAGAAAACAAAGCGGGCAGGCCGGAAUACGCUUUCUUUCCUUUCGGUGCUGGACCUCGCGUUUGCAUUGGCUUGAGACUUGGAAAACUUGAAACUAAAGUCGGACUAAUUACGCUGCUGAGAAAAUUCAAGUUCACCAUCAACAAGAAAACGCCAUUCCCUAUUCAGAUGGAGAAACGAGGAUUUAUCAGCACCAUCCAAGGAGACCUUUGGGUCGAUGCUGUUAGAAUAUAAGACAUUGAACUGGUGAACUAAGUAUUCCUGCGGCGUUAUAAAUGUUGUUAUUAUUAAUAAUUAUUCUCGGUUGUGAACAUAUUUUUAAUUUGUUAGGCAUUUAAUUAAAUUGACAAGCCAAUCGUAGUAUUAUUAGAGUAGUAAACGGUUUCAAUUAAAUAUUCCUUAAUAAUAUGCUAGGCAUUACAUCAUCUUAUAAAGCAUGGUAUUAUUAAUCAUUACAUAGAUAAAGUAGUCGUUUUUGUGAAUGUUGUAAUUUGUAAUCCAAUCAAUCAGGAUGGUUUAUCUUAUCAUUAAAAUCCCCAUAUAUAAAAUAGAUAAGCGAGCUUUGCAUUAGUUCAUAAUAGGCCGUUUCUUCCAUUAUGAAUUUUCAUAGCAAAUUUGUUUUAUAGUAGAAUUUAUGAUUUAUUUGCCUGGCCAUGAUCUAAUUAUGUUUAUUAUUUUAUUAUUGAUUCUGUUGUCUACGUACGUUUUAAAUCUCAGACGGACUAAUUUGGAUUAUCUGUUGUUGAAUAAUCGAAAAAUUAUUUUCAUUUCUUUUGAUUUCUGUCUGAUUAAUAAAUGCUGUUUUCUUCAGUUA